AUGACGGAUCUAGAAGAAGCUCGAAGAUGUUAUGGAUGCCGUGUUUUAUUCGGGACAGACGAUGAAUUUUGGCAUCAUAUAUUAAAUGUGGAUUGCAGUAGCUCGAUAAGCUCAUCGAGUUUGGUGAAAGAUUCAUCCUUACUUUGUUCAACCGAAGAUAAUAAACCACUGGAAAAUAAACCGACGAAUGAUCUAGAGUUUUGUGCUUUGUGUGAUAAGAAGUUCCUAUCAAAGGCAGAGUUCCUGAAACAUUCUUCAUCUCCAGAACAUCAGCUGAAAUUUGAACUGGCUGCCAGAGUUCGUUCUGAUAAUAAUAUCGAUGUAGCUCAGUCACAUUUAUUUUGCGAUGUUUGUCAAGUUAGUCUUCCGUCUCUUCAAGCUAAAGAUGCUCAUAAUGUUGGUAAAAAGCAUAAGAAGAUGUGUAAUCGUCAACCAAACUCCUUAAAUUUACAAGAGAACUCAUCUAUGGCUCACAACACAGAGCCUAAAAGUAAUCAAGAAGACUUAGAAAGGUUAGUGGAAGAUUGUGGUCAGUCAUCGUCAACGAGUUCUGAAAGUGCCCAUUUAGCUGAAAAAAAUACUGAUGUCAUUCCUCAGUUGCAUACUGAUGGUGAAAAUGAUGUUAUAUACUUAUUGCGUCGACUUUGUUUGACUCAAAUUCUAUCACUUUUAGUGGGUAUAAAUGAGGAUUCAUCUUCAAAUUUAAAAGACACUUUUAAUAAAUCGCAAACGAAACAUCCUUUUAAAGAGAAAGAUCUACUCGAAUUGACGAGGGCGGUAUGUAGAGAAGAAUUACGUGCUAUACUCCCACAAUCUUUACAACAUAUCGUUUCUUCUCAGACUAAAAAUGAAGAUAGCUAA